GGAGACUGGGGCCAAAACGCCCCAGUACCCGGGGCGGGGAGCCGGAAAGUGGAGGACUGCCAUGGGAGAGAACAUAAAUGGUUCUGCUGGAGGAAACGGUUUCUGGGAAGGCCGUCAGAUGGAGAUGUCAUCGCCAAGGUCUCCCUCCCUCCCACCCACGCCUGCCCUGCUGGCUGGGGAACUCAGACCUAAUCUCAGAUCCACUAGGUCUGAGAAAGAGAGGAAGGGAGAGCACAGUGAGGGGACCGCAAGUUGCGGGAGGAGGCGGAGUCGCCAGGGGCCCCACACCCAGCAGCCUGAACAGAAAGUGCAGUCAGAAAGGGGGUGGGCCUGCAGGCUUGCCUUUUGAACCCGAGGAGGUAGGAGCUGGGAAUGUCGAUAUCUGGGGGCUAGCAAGGAGUGUGUGUGUUCUAGAAGGGCCUGGGGGCUUGGAUUCCUGGGUCCCCCAAGGAGGAAGCCUGGAGAAAGCUGGAGGCUCUGAUUUGUGGGUCCUGGGGAGGAUAAGUGCUGGGGGUUAGCACGUUGAAUCUAUAAAGUGAGAGGAAGGAAGUUGGGGACCCAUGAACUAAGGUGCUGCCUGGCUCGGAGCAGACCAGGAAGUGGAAGUUCGGGGGUGAGGUCCCUAUAAAGUGGUAGUCAGACGGUUAGUGCUUACUGUCCUUCAGGUGUGCAGUCCUGGACUUUGGCUCUUCGGAAAGCUUUUGCCCGCCUCAACCCCACCCCAUCUCCCAGCAUUUCGUCUCUGAACCUCUCACACAGCUGCCGUCAGUCCAGUCCUGGGACUAAGAGAAUUCAAGACCGGCAGAGCCUGGCAUGAGGGGCUACCUCUUCCUGCUACCUGUCUUCCUGGCCAUCUGGGCUGUUGUUAGCAUCUGGACCGUUUUUGCGAUCGCCGUGGCCAACAGGUCUGUGAACCUUACGGAAGGCGUCCCCUAUAUCAGUCUCUGUGGAUCGUACCCCCCUCAGAGCUGCAUCUUCAGCCAGCUGCUAAACAUGGGAGCUGCUAUGGCUGCCUGGAUCUGCAUUCUCCGCUACCACCAGCUCCGGGAUUGGGGCGUCAAAAAGUGGCUUAACCAGGUGAUCCUGUGGUCGGGACUCCUCUGUGCCCUGGGCACCUCCGUGGUGGGCAAUUUCCAGCAAAAGAAUCAGCAGGCCACACACCUGACAGGGGCCUUCUUUGCUUUCUUCGUGGGCCAUGCCUACUUCUGGCUGCAGCUCCUUCUCUCUUGGAGGAUGAAGAAGAGCCUGCCCCAGCCCGGGACCCCUUGGAUCAGGCCACUCCGCUUGGUCCUCUGCAGCCUCUGCACCAUCCUCAUGGUGACCAUGGUCAUCCUCCACACCAGCCGCCGCCGCUCCGCUGCUGCCGUCUGCGAGUGGGCCGUCGCCAUGCUGCUCUUUGCGCUCUUUGGCCUCUUGGCUGUGGACUUUUCCGAGCUACACCACUGCACCCUGUGCCUCCAGUCGGGCCCCAGCGUCAGCCUCGCUCCCACCUCCCCGGUCUCCCCUGAGGCCCAGUCAUCGUCCCAGCUCUUCUGACCUAGGCCUUGCCCUCAGGAGCAGAGGGAAAAAAAGCUGACCCCCCGGAUCCCUCCACAACUCCCCAAGAUGGGGAUGAACCUUUGGGGAUGGGCCUUCGGGGAUAAACUGUCGAGAAUGAACCGUCAGGGAUGAACACUGAAGAACAUGCCCUCUCUGCCCCACCGGGAACCUAGUGCAGUGUGGCAGGGCUGAAACCUGGUCCACUGGCAUCUUUGUGCCUUUCAGCCCCUGCCAUCUGGCACCACCCCCUGCACUCAGGGCCACCCAGGAAGCGAGAGGCCACGGCCAGCCAUCCAUCCCUGAUCAAGGCUAUUUAUUAUUGUUAUUAUUAAUGUUUUGUUGUUGUUGUUUGUUUGUUUUUUUGCCGCUGGCGGAAUCAGAGACAAGGACGCAGGCAGGAUCACGCGAAACCAGAAUUCCUUCCGGAGAGCAAAUCCGUACAGAAGGCUGUGGGGGAGGGGGAGGACCAGGGGAGGGGGGGCCCCAGAAGGGGGGGCUGGGGAUGAUACAAGGACAGAUGGCCCUGUCCGUCCGGAUCUGCUAAGCCACCCCAACCAGACCCCGUCCCUCCCCCACCCCAUCCCGCAGAGAGACUGAUC